GAACUCUCUUUGUCCUUCAUCUCGCCUUCCACGCUCUUAUUGUAUUUUGCUCCACGACAUCUGCACACCUAUUCACCCAAACCAUCGAAAUAGACUAGCGAGCACUAGAGCGACAAAAACAAAAUAUGUCUGCCACCAUCAAGAGCUCCCGCGCUCUGGCAGCGACCAAUAUGAUCUCCCGAUCACGGACAGCCACAGGCGUAUGCAGGGCGGCGACGACACAGAUUCGAGCACAGCACAGUGGACGACGGCGACUACACUCGACUUCCCACGAGAACAACGGCGUCGCCAUUCCAAGCAUUCCACAAUCAGAGACUAUCUCGCCAUCAUACAACGCACAAUCCACCGCAGCAUCGACAGCGCCUCUGUCAUGCCUCACAUUGCCAGAAGUCCUGCGAUCAUAUCUCAUCACCACGAUGUCCUCAUCGCCCGCGCUGCUAGGCGCAUCGACGAACCUGCUCCGGAAGAUGCUCGAGUCCAAGAACCCACUCUUUGAUCUCGAGAAGAACCCGGUCAUGCGGAUCAUCCUCUGGGAGACUUUCUACAAGCAGUUCUGCGCUGGUGCAGAUAAGGAGCAGAUCUCGAAGCGAUGCAACGAGCUUCGCGCUCAGGGAUACUCGGGUGUCAUUCUUGAAAAUGCUCGCGAAGUUCUCAAAGAUGAGGCUGGGCAUGACGAGGCCGAAGAUAUCGCAUACUGGAAGAAGGGCAUGCUCGAUACCAUCGAGAUGGCUGCUCCAGGCGACUUCUUGGGUCUCAAGUGGAGCGGCAUGGGUAGUGCAGCAAUGAACCGUAUGGCAAAGGAGCAAGACCCAUCCUCUGAUAUGGCAUCUGCCAUGCAUGCUGUCAGCAAAGCCGCAGAAGCAAAGAACAUCGGACUCCUCCCAUCUGCCGAGGAGACCUGGAAUCUCCAAGGCUUCCACAACUGGUCUCUCCUGAUGCAACGCGAGUACAACACCAAAGGCAAGAGCACCAUCUACACCACCUACCAGAUGUACUUGAAGCAAGCGCCAGAGACUCUGAGCAAGCAUCUCGAAAUCGCCAAAGCGGAAGGCUUCACUCUCGGAGCCAAGCUCGUCCGUGGCGCUUAUCUCGCAUCCGAGCCUCGCCACCUCAUCCAUGACACGAUUCAGGACACCCACCACGCCUACGACUCUGCAACUGCGGCCCUCAUUAAUCGCUCCUACGAUUCUUUCUUGCGCCCAGCGACCGCAGGCCAGACACUCUUCCCCAACAUCAACGUCGUCGUCGCCUCUCACAACGCCAACACUGUCGAGAAGGCCCAAGCUCUUCGACAACAGCAGGCGCGCUCUGGACAAGAGUUGACCCCACUCGUCUACGCUCAACUCCAAGGCAUGGCAGACGAAGUCUCGUGCAAGCUGCUGGCGAAUGCCAAAGCAGCAAAGGACGAUCCAAAUGCAGUUCAGGAGAAGGUGUUCAAGUUGACGGUGUGGGGCACCAUGCAGGAAGCUCUGAACUACCUCUUGCGACGCGCAGCUGAGAACAAGGAUGCCGCGAGCAGGACGGGAGAGACGAGAGCUGCGAUGCAGGCGGAGUUGAUGAGGAGGUGCAAGGCCACGCUCGGUCUGGCCUAGACGUCAAGUCUCGUCUUGGCGUGGAGGACUGUUUAUGAUAUGAUGAAACGAUGUUGCAUUCUGUUUGAUUGGCCAGUGUGGCAAGAAACGCACAAAGCAUGAGCAUGGGCAUAGCAAGUUUGGCGCUGGUGGAACGAUGACAUGAGUUUUUUGAGCGAGGAGUUUCGUGUGGAAAUGGUUUAUUAGAAGCAUCGCGU